AUGGCGUUUGGACGGUCUAAUCGAAACUGGCAUCCGCUCUUCAGUCAGAACCCGGAUAAUCUCGAGCCCGCCUUUAACCCAGGACCUUUUCAACCUAUGGAAUCGUUGAAGGUGCGUUUGGUGGAUGGUCCCAAUGCACGUGAAGGUCGGGUCGAGGUCCUACACAAUGGUACAUGGGGGACUGUUUGUGACGAUAGCUGGGACGAUGAUGACGCAAAAGUUGUUUGUCGGAUGCUCGGUUAUGACACUGCCUCUGCUACACACAUGUCCAAGGCUAGAUAUGGAAGUGGUGUUGGACCUAUAUGGUUGGACGAAACCCAGUGCACUGGUCAAGAGACUAACCUUGGUCAGUGUUCUAUGCAGGCAUAUGGACGUGGAGAUUGUGACCAUACAGAGGAUGCUGGAGUGAUAUGUCCAGGAGAAUCGUUGAAAGUGCGUUUGGUGGAUGGUCCCAAUGCACGUGAAGGUCGGGUCGAGGUCCUACACAAUGGUACAUGGGGGACUGUUUGUGACGAUAGCUGGGACGAUAAUGACGCAAAAGUUGUUUGUCGCAUGUUGGGAUACAAGAGUACUACGCACGCGUCCAAGGCUAGAUAUGGAAGUGGUGUUGGACCUAUAUGGUUGGACGAAACCCAGUGCACUGGUCAAGAGACUAACCUUGGUCAGUGUUCUAUGCAGGCAUAUGGACGUGGAGAUUGUGACCACACAGAGGAUGCCGGAGUCAUAUGUGAACCAGUCCCAGAUUGUCGAUCUCUAUUGUGUUUGAUGAGUCCCAGUAUUAUGGAUGUGAGUGAGAACUAA